GCGAGCCAUGCCGAGCUGAAGCUCUCUAGGAACCACACAAGAGCCGCAGCCGCCAGCCAGUCAGAUCCAUGGCGGCGCUGCUGGGCGACGAGGGGGUGGGGCGGGUGCGGGUGCGGAAGAAGGACUUCUGCCACAUGGAGAAGCAGGCGGCCGGCGGCGGCCGGGCGCUCAACGUGCUCCAGGGCCUCGAGCUGCACACCGCCGUCUUCUCCCCCGACGAGCAGAAGGCCAUCGUCGCCUGCGUCCUCGACCUCCAGGACCAGGGCCGCCGCGGACUCCUCAAAGAGAGAACCUACUCGGAGCCGCGGAAGUGGAUGCGGGGGAAAGGGCGAGCGACGAUCCAGUUCGGCUGCUGCUACAACUACGCCACCGACAAGGCCCGCAACCCGCCGGGGAUCAUCCGGGACGCCGCCCACGGCGCCGUCGACCCGCUCCCGCCGCUCCUCUCCGCCAUGGUCCGCCGCCUCGUGCUCUGGCGCGUCCUCCCCCCGUCGUGCGUCCCCGACAGCUGCAUCGUCAACAUCUACGACAAGGACGACUGCAUCCCGCCGCACGUCGACAGCCGCGACUUCCUCCGCCCCUUCUGCACCGCCUCCUUCCUCGCCGAGUGCGCCAUUUUGUUUGGGAAGGAGCUCAGGGUACUCGGCCCCGGCGAGUUCGCCGGCGCCGCCUCCAUCUCGCUUCCUUUGGGGUCUGUGCUCGUGUUGAAGGGGAAUGGCGCGGAUGUGGCCAAGCAUUGCGUGCCGGCUGUGCCGGAGAAGAGGAUCUCGAUCACGUUCAGGAAGAUGGACCCUGCCAAGGUCCCCUUUGGGUUCAGACCUGAUCCCUUGCUGCAGAAGCUCGCGCCAUUGCCGCUGCCGACGCUUCCUGAGGUCCGGCCGGCCAUGGCGUUGGCGAGCGUGGCUGAUCAUCCUCAGCGGCAGCAGAAGAACGGAGGAGGAGCAGGGGAGCAGAUUCAGAGCACGGCUCAGCAGCAGGCGCCGCCUCUGAACCCGGCUGCCGCUGGACAGAGAAUUACCGGCGGCGGCGGCGGCGGCGGCGGCAGCGUGCCGUUCUGUCUCUCCGCCGACGAGUUCCCGGCGCUUGGUGCUUCGCCGGCCGGCGGACGACGCGGAAGACGAUAGAGAAGAUGAUGUUUUCAGAGUUUUUGCCUCCUUGGAGGGAGCUCAUAUGCUGUGCCUGUAAGAUUAUUCGUUAUUGUUUUUUAGAGUCGGCUGUGACAGUAGACACCAUUCAUUCGUUAUAUGUGUACUGAUCAUUCAUCAGAAAUAAAAGAAAAGGCGUGCUAUUGACUAUCA